AGAAAGGAACGACCUAUCGCUCAAGCUGUGUAUUGUGGCAGAAACUGUUGUUGAGUAGCAGGUCGUAAUCUAUGCACUCACACCUAUCGGAUGAAAGACCAAAGCUAUAGCUUUUCCCGGCACACUGUAAGGGAACGUUCUGAGGUUUGUUGGUGUGCUGGUUGCCCCUAAAAUGCAAGUUUACGAAUUCGAGGUCGGGCCGGGCGCUCGGAUUGUCAUUCAUUCUGAGAUUGGAGGUGUUUUGGCUUCAAGUCCACCAUUUUAUGAUCAAGAGACUGAUAUGAUCACCAUUGAUUUAGCGAAUUUUACCGGAAGACUGAUGAUGCACAGUAGGGAGAGGCGCCCAUCUCCCAGCAUUCUACACGAAAAGGCUGAGAUUUCCUCCGGACUACUUCCAAAUCGAAGCCAAACUCCACCUAGCGUCAGUAGUGAUAUCAGAGCUGCCCAGCAGGAUGUCAUUGUCCCUCCUGGAGCUAAAUACGGGGACGAUGCUCAUCUUGCUCACGACGAAAUAUCCACACCACCUCAAAGACAGAUACUUCCUUCGGGAGCCAGAAACUGGAAGGAUGCACACCUUUCGCAGGACAGAAAUUCUACUCAACGACAAGUUUCCGAACCCGCUUCGACAGUCCCUUCAACUUCUUCUUGCUCGAAAGAUAUAUUUCCAAUUGCUUCAUCAAGUGCCACUCCCUAUUCGCCCGUUUCAGAAAGAGAAAGAGCCGUCUCACCCAUUGAAGCGCGUGAUAGUGUUACUUCGUUAGAAUCCGAGGAAGACAAAGUGACUGACCAGAACAUGUUCGGAAACGUGGAAAACGACGGGCAAGGAAACAACAGUAUGGACGGCCGAGAAGUGCAGCUACCAAAAAAGGUUUCGGAACCAGGUUUUGUUGCUCCUAUCGAAAGCGAUGAGGGCAAACAAAGGACGUCCUCAAACGUUUUCCAGCAUGUCAAAGACAGCUUUCUUGACAAGGCCAAAAAGAUCAAUUUCGUUGGUGGGGCUGUGAAAGAUACAGUGUCCGACGAUGCAAACUGCAUCGGUACGGAAGAAUCAACGUCGAUUCUUGACGGGGAGCUGCCUGCUCUCAAAAGGCUAGGUGCGAAUUGGGGACACAUGCUAAUGGUCGCUUCGAUGCGUAACCGCAUGCCCAGCAGGGUCCGCCAGCGUCGCUUGCUAGAGAAUCAUUUGACGCCGAGCGGAUUAGACAUUGAGCCUCCCGAAAAGCCACCUACAACCUUGCACACGCUUUGUGGGUCCCCUGUUGUGACGUUGGCAGAAUUGCACGCUUGCUUAGAAGAGAAUUCCGGAGCAGCAGCAAUCUUGGAUGUCAAUGGGCGAUUGCCACUACAUAUUCUAGGCGACAAUGAUGAAUUGGUAGGCACUCUCCAUGGACGACAGAUUGGUACAGCCUUCGGCUACGCUUUGAUGAAAGCGUAUCCAGAAGGAGUAACCACCACCGAUAAGGUAGGGCACAUGCCAUUCGUAAAGCUUGUGGAUGACUGGGUUUUGUCGAUUUACGAGACCUACCGGAAGAGCAAGAGAUCAGACUCGAUACCCAACACGGCAAGAGGUAUAGUAGAUCGCGUUAAAGGCUUGACUCCUCGAAAUAUGAUACACAAGGGCACCGAUUCAACCCAGACGCAAGCGCAGUCGAAAUCGAAGUCUGAUCUUCCUAGCUCCAGCAGUGCAUUUCCUUCGGAAAUCAAGUCAGUGCAUACUGAUCGCUCGGACUUGUUUUCCUUGUCCUGUCGAGCAUUUCCGGCGGUUGAAUUGUGGGACGAGGUCGAGUGGGCAUUUGAGAUGCUCUCAUUGGCUAUGGAUGAGCUUGGAGGCAAGAGCGGUGGCCUUCACCAAGAAAACAAACGCGCAACGGUGCACCAUUCGAUUAAAGACCGAAGUGGCCGGCAUUUGCUAUCGACACAUGUUGUUACUAUCAUUCCGACACUUUUGAAGACUGUGCUUUUACUAGAAGAUGACGGGAAAAAUACUCGCAAGCGAUUGCUUGGAAUGUCCAUUUUUCGGAGGAUGCUAAUAUGUCCCGAAUCCGUGGGACCAUGGUUGACACAAAUGUUACGCAGAACGGGUGUCCCUGCAAGGCGCGCUGUCGACUACCUUGUUUUGAUGUCUGAAUCGACCGUUGAAGACUACGUUGGAGGCUUCCGUACUAUCCAAUCUGGUGAUCAAGACAACUUUGUUGACGAGAAGGGUUUAGCUUUCGGCAAAGUCGAUCAGCUCGAAGGGCUCAUUGCCUCACUUGUGACAAUGGAUGCUAGAGAAACGGAAAGGGCUGCUUCCACAUCGGUGGUGUGGCAUGUGAUGAGCAAAAAUCUUGGACGCCCUUUUGUUGUUGCGCUAGUGCUGAUUGAUUUUUGUCUACACUUGGUUCUUCUUAUGGCUUUUAGAAACGAUGUGGAGUUUCAAGGAAGAGGAGAAUCAACAGCUGUUGUGAUUUUUAUUUGUGUAAAUUACUUCCUCCGCAAGGCAUGUGAAGCACUGGCACUUUUGAAUAUUUCGACACAAGUGUUUCGCACAUACUUCUCCAACGUCUGGGUAUUCUUUGAUAUCAGUGCAAUUGUUCUAACUCUAAUUGCUAUCAUUUGGAAUGACCGGAAUCCUGGAUCGUAUCGUCAAGGACUAAAUGCCUUUAUUCUCGCGCUUCUCUGGGUCAAAAUUCUCGGAAUUUUAAAAGUCCUUAAUCGCCAAAUGUCUACGUUCAUUCUCGCUCUGAUACAGAUUCUGAAAGACAUUCGUUACUUCAUGGUCGUUUUGAUUGUUAUUCUUUUUAUGUUUGGGGACAUGAUGCACAUCGCUCUCAGUACUAAGGACAACGGUCAAUUUUGUAUUGUGAAUGAAGAAGCGGGCACAUUAAGUGGACCCGCAGAAGAUUUUUGCUCCUCAGAGCAGUUCGUAUACUAUCUCCGCAUGUACGGUUUGCUACUUGGCGAAUUCGAAUUAGACGACUACAAGGAGACAAACGCAAUGAUUAUCAUCUUUGUUGCUUUCACGCUGCUCGGCGUUGUUGUUCUCCUGAAUGUACUGAUUGCAGUAAUUUCGGAUUCAUACGAAAAGGCCAAAAUCAGCAGCAUGCUGCUGUUUGGCAGAGCUCGAGUGCAAUUUGUGGCGCAAACAUCGGCUUUAGAGUCCUUCCUGCGACCUGGGGCAGCACCAUUGGUGGUCACAGGGUUUGGAGAACGUUUUGAAACAUUUGUAAAAUCAGGAAGCAGAUUCGGACGGUGGUUGAUCCUCUUGGCAAUUAUCGGUACCGCUAUGAACUCGGAAAUAUACCUCGUCACUCGAGCUAUUGUAGUGGUCAGGGGCAACGGUUUUAGCUUUGUUACUUUGUUCACAUUGGCAUUGCUCUGUGUUGUUUUGACACUAGCCCUUUGUGUUGUAAUAGUGUUCACUUUCGAUAAAGCUUUGCGAAAAAGGUUACCUGCAGGGAUCACCCGACAAACUGACAAGGUUGACACAUGGUCAACAUACCUUAUUGGCUUAGUCGGAGGACGGCUUUUUGGUCUGUAUGACAAAACGAAGUCAGACACUGACCAUAACAAUGAAGAGGCAGAAGAAUGGACAGGACGCAUGACUUAUCUGGAGCAUGCAAUUGAGAAGCAAAUUAAAUCUGCUUCUGAUAACCUCAAAGAUGAAAUUAGAGGCGUCGAAAAGCGAAUCUACGAGCGCAAAUUUGCUGCCGAGGCAGGACCUGCCGCGUAGAGAAAUAACGAGAUUUAGGUAGUGAAAAAGUGGUCGUCCACUUCUCUUUCCGCC